CCGAGCAUCAUCGAGAACGGAAAGGGGUCGUCAUGGGCCCGGCACACCAAAUCGUAGCCCACUGAGCGAUGCAAGUAGUUAGGGCCGGGGCCCUGCUAGUGAGCAUGUGGCUCACUAGAGAAUGAAGAAACAAAACGUCCGGACCCUAUCGUUGAUCGUCUUCACGUUCACCUACCUCCUCGUCGGCGCUGCAAUCUUCGACGUUCUCGAGUCCGAGACGGAGAAACGACGCAAGGAAGCAUUGGACGCCAUUGAAAAGAUGGUUAUACGCAAAUACAAUAUAAGCGAGGACGACUUCAAGAUCAUGGAAACAGUGGUGCUGAAGACGGAACCUCACAAAGCCGGUCAACAGUGGAAAUUCGCCGGGGCGUUUUAUUAUGCGACCACGGUCCUCACGACUAUCGGUUACGGACAUUCGACGCCGAACACCAUAAGCGGUAAGCUGUUCACGAUGUUCUACGCGAUCGUCGGAAUCCCGUUAGGACUCGUAAUGUUCCAGAGCAUAGGAGAGCGUCUGAAUAAAUUCUCGUCCGUCGUAAUACGGAACGUAAAACAGCUUCUUAACUGUAAGGAUGUCCAGGCCUCAGAAAUAAAUCUUAUCUGCGUGGUGACGACCUUAUCUUGCUUAACAAUUGCGGGAGGUGCCGCAGCGUUCUCUAGGUACGAAGGGUGGUCGUAUUUCGAUUCCAUUUACUAUUGUUUCAUCACCCUGACGACGAUCGGCUUCGGUGACAUGGUCGCGCUACAAAAGGAUAACGCGCUGGACAACAAACCCGAGUACGUGAUGUUCGCCCUGAUAUUCAUUCUGUUCGGCUUGGCCAUCGUCGCCGCCUCCCUCAAUUUAUUGGUGCUGAGAUUCGUCACCAUGAAUACAGAGGAUGAAAGGCGAGACGAGGCUGAGGCUCUACAGGCUGCGCAAGGAGCAGUGCGCCUGGAGGGCGACGUAAUAACGGCGAACGGCUCGAUACUGUCGGGCCAAGUAGGCAACCACGGUGACACGAUAUCGCUGGACGACGAGACGUCGAUCUGCAGCUGCCGCUGCAGCGGCUUCCAGAAGAAACGACGGAGACCGCGGUUCACGGUUCGUCGCUCGCCCGGUAAGAUCUCGCACCUGCUGCCGAUGCAGCAGCUGCCGACGUUGAAUAUGCGCAGUGAGCUGCAUCCGCCACCGCCGCUGACGCCGUUGCUGCAACUGCCGCCGUUGUACCAACAUCGGGCCAGCAUCUGA